GCUGAGACGCUGAUGGCACUGUCCAAGCCACGGCAGCUGGCUUACGGAGUCUGGGUGUGCGCGUCUUGGGCCGUACUCGUUCCAGCCAUGGCGCUCGUUGGUCACGACGCGGGGGGGGCAUGCUUGGGGCGCCUCCUUCCACUAGACAUGUCUUGGUGUGGUACGAUGCCGAUGACGUUUACCAUGAACGCAGUGCGGUGUGGCCCCAGACACGCGAGAAGUGGGCCGUUCUGACCCCAGAUCUGGAUAUGCAUGCGAAGGUGUUGGACGGCAGCGAUGGGUCUGACGGCGUGACACGGAUCCUGGACCUCCGACCGGGCGGAAGGCUACCGAUUUUGGACGCGCCACCGUAUCGGUUCACGUCUCUUGUCAGCUUUGACGACCUUGAGGGGUGCAUUCGCGAGGGCUGCCGCCUGGCUCUGCAGGAGGGAGCGGCCGCCGGGAACCCGCCGAUCGAGAUGCUGGAUGGCGCGAUGCCCGAUUAAGAAGUAGUGCCGCUCGACAGCAUGUUCGGCGGCCAAUUCCUGCCGAGGCGUCUCCCUCUGCGCCGUGGUGCGGCGCCGGCGGCGGCCCGCGGUGACUCGCCCAGCGACGCCGCUGCCGGGGUUGCGCCUCGCGCUGACGGCGGGGCGUCACCGGCGGCGGCGGGCCCGGCCGAAGAGGAGUGGUGUAGGAUGACGAUUCAUAAAUGACGGGGGGUCGCGUUGCGUCGGCGGCGGCGCCCCUGAGGAAGAUUAGAAAGAACCGGCCGCGGGCUGGCAGACUGUUUUUAAUCGUUCUCGCUCUGUCGUCCUCGGGCGCGCGUGAGAUUGAGUUUUCAUUGUGAUACGUAAAUCCGACGUGGAUUGCGCAUGUGGCG